AUGGAUGCAGUCGUGGCUCAAAUCCAGGACCUUUUCGAGGGUCAAAUCGACUUCGAUGGCCAACAUCUCGCCGAACAGCUCUACAGUGCCAUUCUGUCCAUGUCUUCGGUCGUUGCCCUGAUCGUGGGUUACAUGCAACAAGACAUCUUCUUGACCAUGUGGAUCGGAGUAGCAGGCACUCUGUUGGCGAUGUUUCUGGUUGUCCCUCCGUGGCCAGUGUACAACAGGCAUCCUCAGUCAUGGCUCGGUUCCAAGGCAUCUCUGCCGCAAGGGGGAAUAAUAGUGGGUGGCGGAAAGGGACGAUAG